AUGGUCUACAGAGCUGCCUUCUUCUCUAGUUCCCACUGCUGGAUUCAGGAACUCAAAGAGCAGUGCUUUCCAGAGGUGCAUGCCCUCCUCCCAGCUCGGAGUCUCGGGGACCCAGCAGCUCCGGGGCUGACACUUCUCUCACACCACUACCAGCCACCCCUCGAAGCACCGACAAGAGGGGGACCCUCCUCGCACGCACACUUUCUCUUCUCCCCGGCUUCUGACCGCGGCGGGCUCGACUGCAGUAGAGCCGGAGCAGAACCCCGGUCAGCGGCUAGGGGCGGGGUGGAGGGGGCAGGGGUACGAGACUAUGCACUGAAACUUUUUGUCCAACUUUUGGGCUGUUCUCGCUGGGGAGGAGCUGUGGUCCGCACCGGGAGCGCCGAGCCGUGCCGAGCGGAGGGCAGUACUCGCUCGGGCCCUGAUCAGCAGCAGCAGCGGCGGCGGCAGCUGCGGCAGCGACUAGAGGAGGAGGAAGAAGAAAAAGAAGAAAACGAAGAAGCGGUGCGGGGGCUGCGGGAGAGGCAGAAGCUCGGCUCUAGAGAGCCGGGCUCAUGGACGGGUGAAGCCUUAGAGAGCACCGUGAGCACCCAGCCCGCAAGCGCGCCCCAGGCCCUGGCCCGGGCCUUGGCCCCGGGGAAAAAGGGAGACAGCGAAGAAGGCGCCGGGGGGACAAGGCCACCGACGCCGCCACCGCCGAAGAGCAAGAGAGGGAGGAGGAGUGAGAGCCUCACCGGCCCCAACCGGGCCUCCGAAACCAUGAACUUUAUGCUUACUUGGGUACACUGGUGCUUAGCCUUGCUGCUCUAUCUCCAUCAUGCUAAGUGGUCACAGGCAGCACCCACCCCAGAAGAAGGAGAAAGGAAAUCUCCCGAAGUGGUGAAGUUUAUGGAUGUCUAUCAACGGAGCUACUGCCGGGCAAUCGAGACCCUGGUAGACAUCUUCCAAGAGUACCCGGAUGAGGUGGAAUUCAUUUUCAAGCCAUCGUGUGUGCCUCUGAUGAGGUGUGCUGGCUGCUGCAAUGACGAGGGGCUAGAAUGUGUCCCCACUGAGGUGCACAACAUCACCAUGCAGAUCAUGAGAAUUAGGCCCCACCAGAGCCAGCACAUUGGGGAGAUGAGCUUCUUACAGCACAGUAAAUGUGAAUGCAGACCAAAGAAAGAUGUCAAAGGAAAACAAGAGAAAAAAUCAAAUCGAGGAAGGGGGAAGGGGCAAAAGCGCAAGCGAAAGAAAUCCCGGUAUAAAUCCUGGAUCGUUCCCUGUGGGCCUUGCUCAGAGCGGAGAAAGCAUUUGUUUGUACAAGAUCCACAGACGUGUAAAUGCUCCUGCAAAAACACAGACUCGAGGUGCAAGGCGAGGCAGCUUGAGUUAAACGAACGAACUUGCAGAUGUGACAAGCCAAGGCGGUGAGCCCCCUCGGCAUUUCCAGAGCCAGACCUCUCAGACCUGGAAAAGAAAAAAACAGAACAAUUAAGAGAAACCACAAGCCACCACCACCGCCACCACCGUCGCCAAACACUGACAACCCAAUGAUGAUGAAA